CGAGAACAAGAAAGACCAGCUAGUAGGAGCCAAGCCUUUGAUGCCAACACAUUCGAGACCCGCAGCCCUGACAUGUUACUUUGUGACUGCCUCAUGCUAGGUUCAAAUAAAUACGAGCCUUUCCGCGAAUUCCGGGCCGAAUAAGUAAUCCUCAUGUCUUAUCCACAAGGAGAAAACUCUAGCUAUCAAGGCUACCAGCAAGCACCAGCUCCCCAUGGUGGAGGUUUCACGGCGCCUCAGCAACCACACCAAGAUGCACAAACCAUAUAUGGACAAGGGCAAAACUCUGGCGCUUGGCACCACGGAGAGUUUGAUGAAGCAACAGAGUACGCCAGUCGGGAAACUGGAAACGACAAGUCUAUGUUCAGCUCGCUGUUAUCGUCAGUACUAAGCGGACAGCCACAGCAUGAACAAGCACAACCCCAUGAGAUUGAACAAGCUAGAGCAGCUCACCAAAAUGUGUACGGUGGAGGCAGCAGAGGUAACCAGCCAGUUCACGAUGACGAUGUUGCUUCUGCCGCGGCCAUGCAAGCUGUAGAACGAUCUGGUAGCAGUGGCUCUGGCAGUUUGCAAUCUGUUAUUGGUAUGGCUAUGAGCGAAGUCACAAAGUUGAUGGGUAAGCAGUCUGGCGGUAGCACAGGAGCUCAACAAGGUAGUAGUAGUAGUAGUGGUGGCCAGAGCGCUAUGAUCCAGAAAGCCGUUUCCAUGGCCAUCAAGUUGUAUGCUAGUAAGCAGGCAGGCUCAGCCGCUGGUCAAGCAGCCGGGGGUGGCAGUAGUAACCCUCUUGAAAGCAUGAUGGGAAUGUUUAUGGGAGGAGGGUCCAAACCUUCUUCCUCUCAAAGCGGUGGCUACAGCCAGUCUCCUUCACAUCAAUCCAAUGCCUCGGGCUAUGCUCCACCUCCUUCCCAUCAAGGUGCUGCUUCAAAUUACUCAAAUGCACCUCCAAAUCAAGGCCAAAGUGGCUAUAGUCAACCCCCACAAUACAAUGAGCCUCACCAGCAGGCACCAUAUGGACAGCAGCAAGGUUACAGCCAUUCACAGCAACAAGCGCCGUAUGGACAGCAGCAAGACUACAACCAUCAACAGCAACAAGCACCGUACGGACAGCAGCAGCAGCAACAAGGAGAAUACAUAGGGACUAGCGGCUCAUGUAUUGAACGGCCUUUGUACUAUCUGUCUUUAUCAUUCCUACUCCGAUAGUAUUCAUUCGAUAGUUCAAAAAUGAAAAAUCGGUUUGAAACCAAAGAAAACUGCUUUACAAUGGACUGUGGAAGGAUGGGAUAAUGUAGUAACUGGCGCAUACACCUGAAUUUUCGGAUUGCAUUUUUAUAUCUAAGCUUGUAAUGGCGUGUUCUAUGGCGGUGGACCUGUAUUAGGUUGGUGGCAACGCACUGCGGCUUAGCCAGCGACUUUUUGCCCGAAAUAAACUUAGAGCAUAAGAGUGUCAC